AAAAUGAUCACAUUUAAAAAAGGAAAAGACAGAGGGAGAGCGACUGUGAAAGAGAGUUAGCGAGAGAGGGAGAGAGCAGUAAAUAGAGAGAGAGAGCACCAGCUGCUAUAAUCCUAUCACCAGAGCAGCUGAGUGAGGCAGUGUCAGCAUUGAUGAUGGUUGAUGAAACACUGCUGAUGCUGCGCCUGCUGUUGGUGUUGUCGUCGUCGCCGUUGUCCUGUGCUGGGAUGAAGAUGUGAGCAGCAGAAUCCAUCAGGAUGACAGGACCUUUCACCCUCUGCUGCCUUCUGCUCUCUGCUCACACUCUCAGUCCAACAGCUGGUUAUUUAACAGUCUCCACUGAACCUCUGCCUCCUGUUGUCAUUGGAGACACGGUUAAUCUCAAGUGCAACUUCCGGACAGAUGGAAAACUCAGAGAGAUUGUGUGGUUUCAGGUGAUUGAUGAAGGUAAUGAGAAGCAGAAGAUUUUCACCUACGAUGCCAUUUACAACAACACGCACGGGCACACAGAGGACAGCUACAGAGAAGAAGACAUGGUCUACCAGUCAACUGUGAGGGUUCCUGAGGUCCAGAUGGAAGAUGAUGGUCUGUAUGAGUGCCAUGUUGGGAUCUAUGACAGAAACUCCAAAGACAAAGUCUUUCUGGCCUCUGGCAGCAUCACUCUCACUGUCAUUGGUAUAAAAAGUGUGGACACCCCUGCUCCUUUCAGCCGCUACGAAGCCCAGAACUUCACUCUUGUUUGCAUAGUUAAAGGAGCCAAACCUGCUCCCAUGGUGUACUUUAAGAGGGAUGGUGAACUCAUUGAUGUGCAGCCGUCCUCUCAGUAUUUGUCCCCGGUUGAGGACCAAAGCAAAGCCCCAGUUAAAGACAAGAGCCGAGGCAGACGCCAGACCAGACACUGGACUUCCCAGGUUCUCACCACUCGGGACCUCGAUGACACCAAACUCCAAAAGACCGUGUCUCUGUUAGAAGAAGUGAAGCAGUCUCACCUGGGUCAGGAUGAACCUGGUGUUGUAGAACGGGCUGAGGAGCAGAGUUCAGAGCCCGGCCCAGAGCCCACCACUGAGACGAUCCCUGAGACGGUGGUGAGCCGGGAGUUUCCACGCUGGGUCCAGAGCAGCGACCCUCUCUACUACUUCCAGCUGCAGCAGCAGCCUUCUGGUGACGGGACCAUCGAGGUGAGAGCCAUGCUGACCUGGAGUCUCAACCCUCAGCUGGACAACGAGGCGCUGUUCAGCUGUGAGGUCAGCCAUCCAGCUCUGUCCAUGCCAAUGCAGGCUGAGGUCACUCUGGCCGCUCCACGAGGACCCAAACUCUCCAUGAGCCCCAGCAAGGCAAAGGUGGGAGACACAGUACAGAUCAUAGUCCAGGACUUUCAACUGGGACCUUCUGCUAGUGAGGUGUUCCCUGAGCCCAUGUUCACCUGGACCAUGGUGGGUGGACGGCUGCUGGACGGUAGAGAGGAGCAUCACGGCAGGAGGCUGGUCCUGGAGAGGGUUCCUGCAGAGCUCAACGGCUCCAUGUUCCGCUGCAUGUCCCAGAAUCCUCUUGGAUCUACAGACACUCACACACGCCUCAUUCUGUUUGAGAACCCAAGACUAAAGAAACAACUUGUCGCUACAGAUGUGGCGAUCAGUCGGUGUUCCCUCCCACCAACCUUCCUGCUACUGACGCUGCUGAACAUCAUCUGUGAGCUGUCAUGAUCCAUGACUCUGCUGCUGAUACUGAGCUUUACAGCUUUGAGGAAAUUUUCCCUUCG